AUGGCCGCUUUACUCCGACGGCCAGGCAAUUUCGCUCGCUUUUCGAGGAAAGCCACAGAAUACACUAGUCGCACAGGAUACGCAUCCUUGCGUGUGCAACCGCCAAGACUAUCCUCCAUUAUCCUAUCGAGCCGCGCCAGGUCCUACUCCACGCAAAGCCCCGGUGGUCCGACACCAGAUGACAAGAACCGGAACAACACAUCGGGAGACAAUGGCUCCAAGCCUGCUUCCCGCCUCACCGAGGCUGAAGAGAAGCAGGUGAAUGACUUCCUCGAUUUCGUCAACUCAUCACCCGAGCACCGCACCCAUCUUCGAGAUAUGAUGACGAAGAAUGGAGUGCCGCCUGAAGUUAAGCCGUGGAUCGACCCGAGCCAGACACCAACCUUGAUGGAUCGUAUCAGGUUGACUCGUUGGCUAUGGAACAACACGACUGAGCAAGCACUCGAAGCCGGCAAAGCCUCCAAGAACCCCUCACACGACGACCUGAUCCGUAUGUUUAGGGAUAGCACGAAUGCGAAGGACCAGAAGCAACCGGAAAAGGGAUCGCAACAGCAGCCUGAAAAUAAGGGCGAGGAGCCUUCUAGACCCGAUCCCCAAAAGAACCCCAAGAAGGAUGACAAGGACCCAAAGAAAGAGCAGGAACAGAAGAAGCAACAGGACGACAAGAAGGGCAAGAUGCCUCCUAACAUGGGCAAGGUUCUAGAAUUCCGAUUCGAUCCCGCCUCGUUUUUGGUUACCUCUCUCGUCACAUACUACGUCUACCGCAGCUUCUUCCCCGGUGAAAGUGGUGGCAGGGAAAUCACUUGGCAAGAAUUCCGGGCAAACUACCUCGAAAAGGGCCUUGUGGAUAAAUUGACUGUCUUGAACCGCAAUAAGGUUCGAGUUGAUCUCAACCGUGAAGCCGCGGCCCAGGACGCCACUGGCCAACCCGUCUCCUAUGUGUACUUCAGUAUCGGUUCCGUGGAUAGCUUUGAGAUGAAGCUCGAGGCCGCUCAGUAUGAACUGGACAUUCCCUCGGAUGAGCGCAUUCCCGUCGCCUACCACGAUGAGACGCCGUGGGGCGGCGUUUUGAUGUCUUUGGCUCCUACCCUUCUGUUCCUUGGUGGUAUCUUCUGGAUGUCACGACGUGCUGGUGGUGGUGGCGGCGGCCAGAGUGGAAUCUUCGGCAUUGGCAAGAGUCGUGCCAAGCGCUUCAACCACGAGACCGAUGUCAAGACCAAAUUCGCGGAUGUCGCGGGUAUGGAUGAAGCCAAGGUUGAGAUUAUGGAAUUCGUCAGCUUCCUCCAGCAGCCGGAGCGGUUCAAGAAGCUAGGUGCCAAGAUCCCCCGCGGUGCUAUUCUCUCUGGUCCUCCCGGUACUGGUAAGACCCUGCUUGCCAAGGCCACUGCCGGUGAAUCUGGCGUGCCCUUCUACAGUGUCAGUGGUUCCGAGUUCGUCGAGAUGUUCGUCGGUGUCGGUCCCUCUCGUGUCCGUGAUCUCUUCGCCAACGCGCGCAAGAACACUCCCUGCAUUAUCUUCAUUGAUGAAAUCGAUGCCAUUGGAAAGUCCCGAGCCAAGUCAAAUGUUGGUGGCGGAAAUGAUGAGCGUGAAAGCACUCUGAACCAGAUCCUCACUGAAAUGGAUGGCUUCAAUACCUCCGAGCAAGUGGUUGUCCUGGCCGGUACCAACCGACCGGAUGUUCUUGACAAGGCCUUGAUGCGUCCCGGACGUUUCGACCGACACAUCACCAUCGACCGCCCUACCAUGGAUGGUCGUAAGCAGAUCUUCCGUGUCUACUUGCAGAAGAUUGUUACCGACGAGAACCUGACCUAUCUGGAGGGCAGACUCGCCGCUCUUACUCCUGGUUUCGCUGGUGCUGAUAUCGCCAACUGUGUUAACGAAGCAGCUCUCGUUGCUGCCCGUGAAAAUGCGGACAAGGUCGUCAUGAGACACUUUGAGCAAGCCAUUGAACGUGUCAUUGGUGGAUUGGAAAAGAAGUCGCUUGUGCUCUCCCCCGAGGAGAAGCGUACCGUCGCUUACCACGAGGCUGGCCACGCCAUCUGUGGCUGGUACUUCAAGUGGGCUGAUCCUCUGCUCAAGGUGUCCAUCAUUCCCCGUGGACAAGGUGCGUUGGGUUACGCUCAGUACCUUCCUGCGGGUGGUGACACCUACCUCAUGAAUGUCAACCAGAUGAUGGACCGCAUGGCCAUGACUCUGGGUGGCCGUGUCAGCGAGGAGCUGCAUUUCGACACCGUGACCAGCGGUGCCAGCGAUGACUUCAACAAGGUCACUCGCAUGGCCACCGCCAUGGUGACCAAGUUCGGCAUGUCAUCCAAGCUGGGCUACAUCUACUACGAGGAGGACGCCCAGCAGCAGCUCCACAAGCCCUUCUCCGAGGACACCGCCCGCACAAUCGACCUCGAGGUGCGCCGCAUUGUCGACGAGGCAUACAAGCAGUGCGUCAAGCUCUUGACCGAGAAGAAGGCUGAAGUAGGCAUCGUUGCCGAGGAACUCCUGUCCAAGGAGGUCCUUGGCCGUGACGACCUUAUCCGCCUCCUUGGCCCCCGCCCUUACCCCGAGUCUGGUGAAUUCUCCAAGUAUUUCGAUGGUAAGGGUGGUGCGACCAUUGCUCCCCCCGACAACCAGGGCCCCGAACAAACCUCUGGUAAGGAUGGCCGGGACGAGACUCCUCUCCCUCCUGCAUAA